AUCAUCAUCUUCAAUGUCUCUUCCUACAAGUCGACGAGUUUGCUCCUCUUCAAUCCAUAAAUAAACCAUCUUAUUUAAAUUUGAUUGUUGCCAUCUUUAGAGGCCAAGAAAAAGUUAACUGUAUUGGCUUGCCAACACAAAAGAAGCAGCCAUAAACCGUUUCUGAUCUUUGCUCUGUUUAAACAGUAAUCAUCUAUUCCGUUUAUUUAUUAUUUGCUUUUGAUUGUGUAUCAGCUAAUUAAAUUGUCCAGUGUCAAUUGUUAGGUUUAAAGUGUAACAUUUUCAAGUAAACAAUGAGAUUUAUCAAGCCACAGUUCCUGGUUCGCUGUUUGGGCUGAAACUUGUACAAAUCGCAAUAUUUCGCCUUAAAAGUGAAGUUUCUAUUCAAUGAGCCAGCUUUAGUGACUACACUUUGAACCAACUCUCUGUUUCCAUCAUAAAUCUAGUGAUUUGAAUAUAACUAUCAAAGCUUAAUUCAUCUUAAUCAACCUCAACAUGGCUACUGCUUGGGAUAAGCUGGAGCAGCUUUUAACUUGUGCAAUAUGUCUUGACCGGUUCCGUAACCCAAAGAUGUUGCCUUGUCAACAUAGUUUUUGUCAGGAACCUUGUAUGGAGGGUCUUCAAGAUUAUGCUCGUAGACAAAUCAAGUGUCCAGAAUGUCGGGCUGAACACAGAAUACCGUUCCAAGGUAUUCAAACUUAUCCCACCAAUGUAACCCUUCAACGGUUCCUCGAGUUACACCAAAGUAUAACUGGAGAAGAACCUGAACCGGUUCCAUCCAUGAUGGAAAGAUGUGGUGUCUGUUCAGAAAAGUCAACAGUUACUAAGUGUUCACAUUGUGAUAAAAAAGUAUGCCCUGAGUGUAAAGAAGCCCACAUUGAUAUACUUAAGCGUGAAAUUUCUCGCAUCUGCCAUCAAGUUCGUCGAGCUUUGAAUCGAUUACAAGAUGCACUAUCACAGACUGAACGAUCAAUGGAAAGGUUGAAUGUCAACUCGGUUCAUAUUCGAGAUGAGAUUGAAGAAAUUGUACGAAGAUUUGUAAAAGAUCUGAAAGCUCAAGAAGAUAAAAUGUUAAAAGAUUUGGAAACUUAUUCACAAGUGGAAUCGAAAAAUUUAGCUAAACUUAAAGAUGACUUAGCCAUUGAAUAUGAUUUCCUCAAAGACAACUGUGACUCGGUGGAGAAGAAUAUAGUUGAUCCUGAAAAGAAUUGGAAUGAUGCAGAAUUGUGUGAGGUUAAAUAUAUUUUUGUGAAAACCCUUGACUUUUUGAGAAAUUUCGAUGCCGAUGCUGCAGAUUAUACUCGUGGAAUGAAAUUUUUACCCAGUUCUGAGCUUGAUACCUUGAGACGUAAUUUGGUCAAUUUUGGUGAACUCAAGCUUUUGACUUCAGAAGAGGCCAAUGCAAAUGUACGAGCUUCAUCACCGGGUUUAACCGGUGGCAGCAACUCUCUGUCUGUUCCUCAACAAAGUAUGCUUAUGAGAAGCCAGAGUGACCAUCGAUUGGCAACACAAUUUGCUCGUCGUGAUAGCCGAAUCAGUGAUCUUACCUCUCAAAGUCGCCUUAAUCCUGGUUACAGUGAUUCUGAAAAGGAUCCAAGAGACUCGAAUAGAGCAACUUCACCCAGCAACUAUUCACGAGCUCGUCGAGAUGAUGCCAGUCGUUUAGGUCGCUAUGGAGCAAGUGAUGAUGCACGCGAUUCAACCUCACGCAAUAGAUUCCUCCGAGAAUCUGAUAAUUAUCGGUCGGGCUGGGCUCGAACCGAUGACGACUCUUUUACCUCUGGACCUCAAUUUAAGUCUCGAUUUAUGAGGGAAAGAGGAGCCGAACUCUCUGGUUUCGACGAGUUUGACUAUGAUCCAAAUGCGUACUUGUCUCGAAGUGUGCGCUUUGAGGAACCCACAACAGUACCAAGCUCUGUUCCAACUCCCUUGGUAAAGGUGUUUGAUGUUCCUGAAGCACCAAGAGGCUGUCUCAGUGGAAUCGUUAAAAUAUCUGACACUGCUCAUUACAUGGAACGCUCUCAUGAGAAUGAGGUUCGAGCCAAGGUUGAAAAAGAGAGGAAAGAAGAAGAAUCUCGAAGUCUUCCACCGCCCUCAUCAAUUCCCGCCUAUCAAUCACCUCAACGACCCAGACCACCGUCUCGUCAAGUAUCAGAGGAUGAAAUAGAAAAGCAAAAGAAAAUGAAUCAAGCUUCGGCCGCAUCCAGCGUCACAACUAACACCAACUCUUCAUUGACUAACAACACUACAUCUACAUUCAACAGUAGCACCACAACACCUUCAACCAUUGGUUUAACCUCGACAACCGCUCCAGUCAACAGUUAUGGUUCAUCCAUUACUGCUUCGAAUACACAAUCUUCUGAUUCUAUUCGACCAAUUACAAGACGCAUUGGUACCUUUAGAGAUGAUGAAGACAGUCGAAGCUCAUCAACACAUCGAAGUACUUCAGAUAGCAAUUCAUCAUCCACACGAAGGAGUGACACAAAUGAUUUGACCAGUUCUUUGGUUGAUGAUGCUGACGAUGAUCUUGGCGAGUCAAAUUUAUCUCGACUUGGCAGAAGACGAAGAGGAUCCUUGACUGGUGAAGACUCCAAAGAAUCUGUCACUUCUUCUGGUCGUUCAUCUCAGGUCUCAGCUACUCCAGCUUCAUCUGCAUCAACGGCAACAUCUGGUUUAAGGUCAGUACGGGCGCCGUUGGCAAAGAACCUACCGAUAGCCGAAGAAGAAGAAGAUAGAGAUCGUGAUAUAGCAAGAAAAAGAGGACCAAAAUCAUCAUUAGUUAACCCUACGGCCUCAUCAUUAGGCUCGUCCAUCGGAAAGCAGACAGACAAUCGAAACAAAGAUGACGAUUUUACUCAACCCAAGUCUAAGUUUGGCUAUUCACAUGGUGGUUGGGCAGUAGAGGAGUGGGAUGAUGACCAAGAUGAAGAAGAGGAGGAAGAAGAAGAAGUGGACGAAGACGAGGAAGAUGGCGAAGAAGAAGCUGAAGAAGAGGAAGAAUUGAUAGAAGAAGAUGAGCAAGAAGAAGAAGAAAAUGAUGAAGAAGACGAAGAAGAUGCUGAAGACGCUGAAGAAGAAGAGGAAGAAGAUAAUGGCAAUGGUAAUAUAAGUGCUCGGCCUAGUACACCAGAACCUUUGGUACUUGUACCCAGACGCAAUUAUGGACUUAAUAUUGGAAUCUAUUCUUCAGGUCAUGAUGGAAGUGAUGAUGAUGAUGAUACCUCUACACCAUCCGCACCCACCUACCGAAGUCGCUAUGCCGAAGCAAAUUAUGGUAAAGAAGGACGUUAUCAAUAUCGAACCAGACAACAACCAAAAGACCGGGAAAAAAGUCCGACCCAUGAUGAAAACUCUGGUAAUACUGGAACAACAGCGUGGUCUCAAUAUUUAAGAAACAAAUAUGGAUCUAGUCGUAAUUCAUCAGCAAGCUCUACCGGAUCAGGUUCACGAGCUGCAGGAUUAAGUAAAAGUAAAAGUUCACAUGCAGUAUAUUCGAGAAAUUUAUCUGAUAGCUCAGAUGAUGAAGGUAACACUAAUACCAGUGGUCCUAAAGCUCUAUCAAGAAAGGGAAGUCUUGAUGCAACCGAAACAUCUUCAUCAACCGAUGGUCGACGGCCUAGUUAUGGGUAUAAUCUUCCCCGGUCAACCUAUUUACAGAAGCGACGAAUGAUGUUCAAAAUUGGAACUCGUGGAACAGAACCAGGUUGUUUUACAUGGCCUAGAGGAAUUGCUUGUGGUCCUGAUAAUAGUAUUGUUGUCGCUGAUUCCUCUAAUCACAGAGUUCAAGUAUUUGAUUCAACUGGACGAUUUCUUCAUGAAUUUGGUUCCUAUGGUUCAGCCGAAGGCGAAUUUGAUUGUUUAGCUGGUGUUGCUGUUAACAGAAUUGGACAGUACAUUGUUUCAGAUCGCUAUAACCAUCGUGUUCAAAUAUUUGAUCCAUCAGGACGUUUCCUCAGAUCUUUUGGAUGUGAAGGACGAGUCGAUGGACGAUUCAGUUAUCCUUGGGGAAUCACGACAGACUCACUUGGAUUCAUUUAUGUUUGUGACAAAGAGAAUCAUCGAAUCCAAGUUUUUCAAUCUGAUGGCACUUUUGUUGGUAAAUUUGGUUCCAUUGGAAAUCGCCCGGGUCUUUUGGAGCAUCCACAUUACAUCGCUGUGUCAAACACUAAUCGAGUUAUUGUCAGUGACUCUAAUAACCAUCGUAUUCAAAUUUUUGAUGUUAACGGUCGCUCACUGUCAACUUUUGGAUGUGAAGGAACAGAAGAGGGACAAUUUAAAUUUCCUAGAGGUAUUGCUGUUGAUGAUCAAGGUUAUAUUAUUGUUGGUGAUUCUGGUAAUAACAGGAUACAAAUUUUCAAUCCUGAUGGCACUUUCCUCAAAGCCUUUGGAAGCUGGGGUUCAAGUGAAGGUGAAUUUAAAGGUCUUGAAGGUGUUGCUGUGUCGACAACUGGAAAUAUUUUGGUCUGUGAUCGAGAAAACCAUAGAAUUCAAGUUUUUUAAAUUAAUCUAAUAUCAGCGCAGAAACCUUCAAUUAUGCUCAAUCAAUUUGAUCUUUAUAAUUAUUUAUAAAAAUAUGUUAGUUAAAUUAAAUUUCUGUCCAUGAUGAUUUGUUUUAUUUGACAAAUGAAACUGCGAAAGAAGCAAUUGGCUAACAAUAUUAAUUCUAGUCCUCGAAUCAGUUAACAAAAUUGUGAUCAAAUCAUAGUCAGCAUUCAUCCUGUUUUGUUUUGGUGCUAUAAUUGGUGUUAUUCAAUGGAAACAAACUAUCAAUCGAUAUAAACAAUAGGAAUGUUCCCAAAAUGUGUAUAACGUUAAUUAAUAAUUAAUAACUUGACUUUCGAUGUUUGUAUUGAUUGAUAUUUACCUAGCUUUGUUUACAUGUUGACACUAAUUUAGUCAUUAUUAGUGUUUUCAUUUUAUUAAAUUGACAAUAUGAUAAACAAAAUGUAAUGUUUAAUAUUCACAUUUAAAUUGUUGCUUUUCAUUUUUCUCAAUUUUCUUUCACAACUUUGAUGUCUCCUCAUUCCUCUUUUUGCUUUUUACCCAAUUUUUGUCUUCUUCAAUCAAAUUGAUUCAAAUCCUCCUCAAAAAGUAUAUUUUCAAGCUAAUUGUGCCUCUAUUGUCAAAAUCUUUGCGAAUCACGAAUUUAGCUUCUUCGAUUUCUCAUCAUCCUCCAAUCUGUACCAUUUAUCCCCACCUAAACUAUUUGUAAUCAUAAAUAGACGAUUCUUGUCAAUGUAAUUUUGUCUAAUUGUUAAUAAUUGGACAAAAAUAAAAUUCAAUAAAAAUUAUUAUGUAAAUAAGA